AUGUACUCUAUUCGUGACAAGAAAGCGAGUUGGGAAGCACCUCAGUGCCAGUUGAAUGAGCAGACUGCUAUUAGAAGUUUUGCGUUCCGCCUUGCUCUUCCUCAGAGCGAGAUUGGUUUUGCCCCUCAGGACUAUGAUCUUUAUGAAGUCGGGUCUUUUGACGUUGACAAUUUGCCCUCCGCGCAGAGAGGUAACCCCGUUUCUCUUGCCCUCGGCAAUUUUGAUCUUGAGGUACAUGCUGGAGAUAAUUUUGCUAUUGGUUCUGAUCCGAAGGCUAGUUAUCACACUUUGAGCAAUCAAGGUCCUUCUUUUUAUCUUGGUCGUCUUUGCAAGACUGAUACUCAGAUUGGCAAAGUUGUAACUUCUUCUAGCGAGGUUCCUGCAUCUACUACCGUUAAUCCUGCUGAGUAUGCCUUGUUCCAUCUUGGUAAUACUGCUCCCACUGUUACCUCCGGUGCUUCUUAUGAUUUCGUUAAUCCGAAUAACCUGCAUGCUGUUGGUUCUGUUGGUUCUGUGACGGUCAAUGAUCUUCGACUUGCGUUCCAGAUGCAGAAAUAUUUUGAAAAACUGGCUUUGUCCGGUUCCAGAUUCCCGGAAAUCCUUCUUGGUCAAUGGGGCGUCGUUUCCCCUGACGCCUCCAUUCAGCGCCCCGAGUAUCUCGGCGGUACUCGUAUUCCGCUUAAUGUUCAGCAGGUUUCCAAUAAUGCCCAGACUGAUACAGAUUUCCUCGGCGAUGUCGGUGCAAUGAGCGUCACAUCUGAUGUAUCCGAUGUCAUUAGCAAGUCUUUCACCGAACCCGGUUAUCUGUAUGUCCUUGCUGUUGUGCGAUAUGAUCACACGUACAAGCCCAAUCGUUACUCUGCCGAGAUGAAGCCUGGUAUUCCGAAUUCUCUCGCCUCUUGGCACCUUGGUGACUACUACACUGAGCCUCCCACUUUGAGCGCUGGAUGGAUGCAAGAAGAUAAGACGAACGUAGAUCGCGUACUUGCUGUUACUUCUGCUAAAAAGCAGUAUGGUGAUGAUAAGUCCCUGUAUUAUGAUCUUGGAGACAUUGAGCCGGAGUUUUCUUUGAUGUCUCGUCGUCCCGGCAUUGGAGGAUUUUUUUAUCAAGAUCAUCCGGAGUGUAUUGAUUUUUCCACGAUUUCCCUUUAUAAUGGUCUUAAUGGAGUUGAGACUUUUCCUGUUCCUAAAUUCAUUCUCGACCAUGCCAUUCUUACCGAUGAGAAGAUGCGUCAAUUACGUGAAGAGCGUCGGCAGAUUGCCAAAGACCGAAUUGCUUUGACUCUUGCCGAUACUGAAUUAGAUUACAUUGAGUAUAUGGCUAUGAAAGAGGAUAGUUUGGUUUCUCGGACAAAGUCUCUUGUCCGUAAUUUAGAUAAGGAGUUAUGA